AUGGCGGAUAAAGGAGAGGAUUUUGGAGAUAAUAAGGACAUGAUUAUGGUCGGUGGUUGUGAUGAUGUACUUCACAAUCCUAUAUCUGCUAUGUCUGGUUCUACUGAAAGUGGACCAAACAAGGAAGAAACAUCACAAAGUGUAGGCCCAGGUAAGGAGAUUUUAUGCAGAGCAAAAAUCAGCUAUGGAAACAAGAAAAGGACUUCGCAGUUACUAUUAAGAAGAAAUAGAAGAGUAACAAAAGAGCCCUGCGCUCUCAUCCCCUCUACUUCUUAUUGUACACACAUUGACACUAACGCCACUGAUGGGCAGCAGAGUUCAAAGGCCAAGAUUUUCGAUCGCGAGCUCAAACGCAAACAACGUGACCGAGCUGCGUGGUUGAUGAGGCCAAAUGAUCCAUUUGUGGAUGCUGUUGCUGAAAAUUUAUUGGAUCGCUUGGAGGACUGCAAGAAAAAAUUUCCUACUGCCUUGUGUCUAGGAGGUUCUUUAGAAGCUAUCAGAAGUUCAUUACGUGGUCGAGGCUCCAUUGAAAAGCUUAUUAUGAUGGACACUUCAAAUGACAUGGUGAAAUCAUGUAAGGAUGCUCAAGCAGCUCAACGAGAUUCAGAUCAGAAGAUUGAAACGUCCUUUGUGGUGGGAGAUGAGGAGUACCUGCCUAUAAAAGAAAGUUCGGUAGAUUUGGUUAUCAGUUGCUUGGGACUCCAUUGGACAAAUGAUCUGCCAGGAGCCAUGAUACAGUGUAAACUAGCAUUGAAGCCAGAUGGCCUAUUUUUAGCAGCUAUUUUGGGUGGAGAAACCUUGAAGGAGCUGAGAAUAGCAUGCACUGUGGCUCAAAUGGAGCGUGAAGGAGGCAUUAGCCCUCGAAUAUCACCCCUGGCACAAGGCAUGUAUAUCCGUAGGGAACUUGAAGUAAACAUGAUUGUGUUGCAUGCGCAUAUUGGCAUUCAACCUGAUUUCAAAGAAUCUGGUUCUGAUGUCCGUGAUGCAGGCAAUCUUUUGACCAGAGCAGGCUUCACCCUUCCCGGAGUUGAUGUUGAUGAAUACGUAGUUAGAUAUAGCAGUGCUCUGGAGCUGAUAGAGCAUCUGCGCACAAUGGGCGAAACUAAUGCUCUUCUGCAAAGGAACAAUGUCCUGAAGAGAGAAACAGCCCUUGCAACUGCAGCAAUUUACGAUUCAAUGUUUGCAGCUGAAGAUGGCACCAUCCCUGCAACAUUCCAGGUUAUAUAUAUGACAGGGUGGAGGGAGCACCCCUCCCAGCAGAAGGCCAAAAAGAGGGGAUCUGCUACCAUAUCAUUUGAUGACAUCCAGAAGCAAUUUUCCAGUGAUUUAUCAGCAGCAGUGAACCAGAUGAUAAAAAGGACGAGUGCAAGGCUGGUGCCUUUGUCGGAUAAUCUGAAAUUCGUGCUACAAGGAAAGCUCAUUUGUAAAGGGCACAAAGUUGCCUGCUUCUUGUUAUUGUACGAUGAGUUGUUGACCAAGCCUGAUUUCAUGAAAUUGAAGAUCCGCACCAAGCUAUCGCCUAUACGCCAACAAAGAACCACCAGUGCUAAUUUAGGAAGGAGAAUCCUGGGAUAUGGCAGGCAGAGACCACAAGGGGAGGAAGAGAAACCGGCUAGUGCUAGCGGAGGAAGCAAUCAUGGCUCACUACCCAAUCCAUACUUUAGUCCCUUCUACCUCCCGAAGGGUACUCCAUUCCUCGAUAAAACGGAGGGGUAA